UGAGCAGAGACGUGGCAGGAAAAUGUAGGAGAGGACUGACUGAUGAAUGAGGGAGUGUAAGAUGAGAGAGAAAGAACAGGAUGUGUGUCGGAUAAAUUUUACGUUUUAAGGGAGGAAACCAAAAAGGAUUUGAUCUGAAUUAGUCAUCUUCAGUCUUCAGACAACAUGUGGGGAGAGAGGAAGUGACUUAUGGAAGCCAGCUUGAGAGAUCAUUAACGUCUGUGGUGAUGAAGGGCUGGUAGGAAGAUUGUCCCUGCAUGCUUAUGACAAUCCUUGUGUGUAUGUCUGUCUCUGUCUGUGUGCGUGUCUGUGAGACUCGACCCAGGAGACCGAGGAGUAAGUGCUCUGCUGUCAAAGUACAGGAGUGACAUCGAAGAGGCUCGCAGACUGGUGAUGUCACAGGAACGGCUCCCUCUUAUUGGUUCAUCUGGAAGUAAAACAACAGCCAAGCCGCCUGUCUCCUCCUCGGUUCUCCAGCGCCCCCAUCAGGCUAAUAACCGAAAGCGCAGCCAGCAGCAAAUCUCCUCCUCCUCUCACCCUCAUCCAGGGCCGUCUUCCAUCCUCCUCUCAGACACCACCAUGACGCCUUGGGGAGGCCUGGUUCUCUCCGAAUCCUCCUUUACCUCAAUACCCCCUCCUCCCCCUCCACGGCCCCCUCCACUUCCACCGCCUCCUCCUCCCGCUCCUCAGCCGACACCAUCCACUCCUUAUCGUGGGAGACCGAAUGAAGACGAGGAAGUUUCAAGUUCAAGUCUCAACUCAGAGGCUCCAUCUCCACCUGGUGCAGUCCCCCAGGACGCUGCAGCCAGAGGGGGUAGAGGGAUGCGGGCAAGGCGGAGGUUGUUGCCCCAGCGUCGGGUGCCUCGUCCUCCCCGUCUCCCGCCUCUGCGUCCCGUCACCAACCUCAGCUUCUCUCGAAGCUUCACCUUCUCUUUCUUCGAGCUGCCUCUUGCACCAGUCUCCUCGCUGUCGAGCUGA